UGUUACACCUUCUGUCACUCCAAACCCAGGAAGUGGUUUUAUAUACAUAUGCUUUCCUCUGUCACUUCGUAUCACACAUGUGAUCUGGAGUCAAUAUGGCCAAAGGAUUGGUCAGGUAAGUUAAUUCAUAUAAAGACUUGGAUGCUUCUAUUAAGAUACUGAGUGAAGUCUGCCAUCAAGAUCAAGGUCUCCAUUGUGCUGGGUGCUGCACAAACCCAUGCUGGGAGAUACCCACUGUUCCAAAAGCUUACAGUCUAACUAAACACUUGAAUGGGGAGGGAGACUGGGGCUUGUGAAAGAGGAAUAAUUUAUCUGUGGUUAAAGGCUGAGAUGGAAUUAGAAGCCCCUGUCUCCUGAGCAGGAUCUGCUGUCUCCUCUAAGCAUCACCACCUACCAAUGACUGAUACAGUCUGUAAAUACUCAUAAUAAAAAGCCUGGCAGAAACAAGCCAUGCUUAAUUCCUGAGGACAUUUUGUUCUUUCUCUGGUUACAAACCAUGGGCGGGUAAGGGCUGUUCCAGCAGCUGCAUGCAAGGCUUUGGACGUAGCAACAGCAGGCGGCUGUAAGAAUGGCUCCUGUCAUAUGCAAUCAUCUAUCAGCACACCCUGUGGUGCUAAUAAAAAAAGCCCUUCACAGAGUGCACAGUGUGCAUUAUUAGCUGAAGUUAGACAGCUGAGGCAGCAUCGCCAUCCCUGAGUUGGAGAGGGAACUGCAAGGGAAAUGCAUCCGAAGUUGGUGCCUUCAGUGCCACUGUGAGUUACGUAUUCCUCUUUGCUCACCCUGAUGGCAUGAGGUCUGAAUCAUGUUGCCGUAUUUCUAAAAACUGAGGAGAAGAAGGGUGGGACUCUGCCUCCAAACUGGUACUGUGAUGAAAUUUGACAGCAGAAAGUCUGGGAGUUAUCACAUCUUUCACAGUGGCAAUAGGUCAGUGAAUAAUUUCCUGAUGACGGGCCCCAAGGCCUAUCUCAUCUACUCAAGCAGUGUGGCAGCUGGGGCGCAGAGCGGCAUCGAGGAGUGCAAGUUCCAGUUCGCCUGGGACCGCUGGAAUUGCCCCGAGAGGGCACUGCAGCUCUCCAGCCACGGCGGGCUGCGCAGCGCAAACCGAGAAACCGCUUUUGUCCAUGCCAUCAGCUCUGCAGGCGUCAUGUACACGCUGACCCGGAACUGCAGCCUGGGAGAUUUUGACAACUGUGGCUGUGACGACUCCCGUAACGGACAGCUGGGGGGACAAGGCUGGCUGUGGGGAGGCUGCAGCGAUAACGUGGGCUUUGGGGAAGCCAUUUCCAAGCAGUUUGUGGAUGCCCUGGAGACUGGACAAGAUGCCAGAGCUGCUAUGAACCUGCAUAAUAACGAGGCGGGUAGAAAGGCUGUGAAAGGGACCAUGAAGCGGACUUGCAAAUGCCACGGCGUGUCAGGGAGCUGCACCACCCAGACCUGCUGGCUGCAGCUGCCCGAGUUUCGGGAGGUGGGCACUUACCUCAAGGAGAGGUAUCACAAAGCCCUGAAGGUGGACUUGCUGCAGGGGGCCGGGAACAGCGCUGCCAGCCGGGGUGCCAUCGCCGAGACCUUCAGCUCCAUCUCCAAGAAGGAGCUGGUCCAUUUAGAAGACUCCCCUGACUACUGCCUGGAGAACAAGACGCUGGGGCUGCUGGGCACGGAGGGCAGGGAGUGCCUGAAGAGGGGCAAGGCACUCAGCAAGUGGGAGAAGCGGAGCUGCCGGCGGCUGUGCGGGGACUGUGGACUGGCGGUGGAGGAGAGGCGAGCUGAGAUGGUGUCCAGCUGCAACUGCAAGUUCCACUGGUGCUGUGCCGUGCGGUGUGAGCAGUGCCGCAAAAGGGUCACCAAGUACUUCUGCGUUCGCAAGGAGAAGCGGGAGCGGAGCGGGGGUGGUGGGGCCAGCCGCAAGCUCAAGAGAAAGCUCUAACUUGCCUCUGCUCCUUCAUAGUCCUGCCUGCCCCCUCCUCUCCUGCCCUCCCCAUCUCCCCAGCAGCCCCCUGGCACCAUUUCCCUUUGGCUUAGUUUUGUCUCAUUCCCAAUGCUGCCUCACUGGGGCUCACGCAAGGCAAAAGAGUGCUCGAAAGCCCCUGAGCCUUGGCCAUGCAGGGCAUUUCCCAUCAGUGCAGUGGGGGAUGACUUCUGGGAAGACCCUCAAGUGUUGACAAAACAAGCUGAGAUUUGGUCCCUUCAACCCAGAGUCACUCUAUCCAGCGACUACAAUUUCAUCGCUGAAAACACAGGUGGUCACGGUGGCUUUUUUGAGCUUGUCUGUUCUCCAGACAAGCACCUGCUCUGGGCUUUUGAGCAAGUUCAACACUCAGGAAAGCACAAGGAAGCUGAGAUGGCACUACCAGAGUUGGGCAACUCAGAGUGGUAAUCCCUAAAACUGAAGAGGCUUCUAGUACCCUAAAAAAAUAGAGGCACUAAAAUAAAAUUGUUAUUGCCUUUUAUUAAACCCUACACUAUGAGGGAAUAGAAAAGCUGUGCAACUCAUUCCCGCAGUAAGGCAGCUUCCAGGAGGCCCAUAGUGUCACUUCCUGUCCUUCAACAGCUUUGCUAAGCUCUCCAAUGCUUUACUUUGCAUUUGAGACGCCAGCAGCAAGACUGAAGCUGCUGCUUGACCUGUCCAUCAAACAGCUGUCCAAAAGAGGAGUCCCAUCACUUGCUUUUUACACACUUUGCCUGUAUUUUCUAAGCCUCCAGGUCUGGUCUCCCUUUUCACCCCAGCAUCCCUGCCAAAGCCCUUGACUGAUGCCAUAAAGAUGCCCUCACACUUCUCCAGUCCCUUUUCUCUCCCAAAUCUCUCCCAGAGAGGAGCUGCCAGCUAAGCCCAUUCUCCACCUCCUGGUGUACUUGCCGAGCACUCUUACCCUGUCAGCUAACUAACUAAAUACUUCCUCCUAGUCUGAGAAAAUAAUGUCAGUUACUAUUUAAUGGUGUUGUAAAUAGGAAAGUGAAGCACUUUGAAGUUUAAUUUAUUGCACAGUUACUGUGAUGUAUACAUAACAGUUUUCCCUCUACUGCUUAUUGUAUAU